UGUUGCGUUUACUCCUGCCUUGUCUUGUUAUGAUUAUCAGUGUCACCUGUGUUCCUCGUGUGCUCCCACUUCCCUCGUUAACCCUCUGUGUAUUUAGGUCUGCGUCUCCCUCAGUUCUGUGUCGCGUUGUCCCUCAUGACUGUGUGCCCCUCCGUGUGUUUCCUCGUAAGUCAGUUACCUUAGUACUUCCCAGUUUAGUUUCAUGUUAUUUUGUAUCGCUAUUAUCUUUUGUCAGCAAUAAAGCUGUAUUUUGAGUUCAGUCCUGUUUUCCCGUGAGUUUGCGUUUGGGUCCUCAUCCUGCCUACACACAGCCUAACCAUGACAGAAGAACGCGACCAGUAAUGGACCCAGCAAACUCCCUACGGAAUCGGCAGCGUACAGACUCCGCCUUCCCUAACGAGAGGAGAAGGCAGGAGGCUCGGCAUGCCCGGGAGCGCGAGUCUGCCUUUUAUGGGACUCGAUUGGCUCUAGGUGGGCCGCGCAGCCUCCAAACUGCAAACGCUACUGCCUUUUCCCCAUCUCGUCCCCCGGUGAUAAGAGUCGGAGGAUUCAGCCUAUCGCCUGCCACAACUCCUCCGGCCUUCUCAACUUCCGGUUCACCUCCCCAAUCGCCGCCCACGUCCCGUGCAAAGAAGAAGGUUACUCGGCGGCCGAAGAGAGAUUUCGUGCCUCCAACAAGCAGCCUAUCUCCGCUACAGUCCUUUGCGCUCUUCCUGGGACUUCCACGCUCGGAGCUGCACAAGCUCCCUGUCUCUUCGACGCAGCUCGGCCCGUCAUCGGCUCAGUCAGCCGACGUCUCAGAGGUGCCUGCGUCUACAGCCCCGGGAUCUCUCGGCACAGUUCCCAGGAAAAAACGACGCUCACGCCGUCGCCACCCUAAAGUUACUGAGCAAACUCCGGUGGUGAGUGAAUCUGACUGUUCCUUCCAUGCCACUUCCGAGUCGGACCGACUCGGACAAUAUUCUAUUCCUGAGCCCGCAGUUUUCCAUGUCUGUAACUCAGAGAGGAAUAGUAAGUUUGUAAAUGACUGUGUUUCCAAGCUUCAUAAUGUGUCUAAGUCCACCUCUGCACCUAUUAAGCAUGAGACUGAGUUCAUUGUCCCCCUAGAGACUGCUGUUCAGGCUGAAUUAAAUAAUUCUGACACUAUAGAUUCUGUGCGUGUCAUCCCAGAGGCCGUUAAUUCAGUGUCUGGUAAAUCUGGGUCAGUUAAUCCAGAGCCUGCAUUACCUACCCUCACGCCCAUGUUUGAGAAUGACUGUUUUUCCUUUGCUCCUCCCAGGUCAGCAGUAAUUAACACACAGACUGAUAAUCUCGCCUUAGAUAAUCAAACGACUAUUUUUGAGUUGCAUACCUGUGAACUACAUAUUAAAACAAACAGUCCUGAGGGUCCUCUUCCUGCUGAAACCGGAAGGGACCCCCUGGAAAAUGAACUGUGUGUCUUCCAACCUUCAAAGGCUGCGCUUUCUGUUCUUCAGGUUGCUUUUGACCCUCUGACACAUUUAGAUUUUCCUGCCUUGUCUGUUAGCUCUGAAACUGUUUCUCCAGGGAUAAACAAUGUUGCUCCCCUCGAGUUAACAAUGGCUGAUGCGAAGUCUGGCAACUCAGGUUUUGAAAACGCUAAGACUGUGCAUUCAAUCACUGUUGUUAAGUUUAAGGGAAACAAGUUCCCAUCUGUCAUGAGUAAACUGCUAGGGGAGCUCAGACUGAGUAGCCCAGAGUUAGCUUCGCACCCAGUAACUUCAGACACUACCUGUGUUAACGCCCCUACUCCUGAACCUGCUGAGUAUGAGACUGUGGAUGGUGUUCCUUCACUCCUGGACUAUGCUGCUCACCAACCAGCGUAUUUAGAAACAGUCUAUGAGAAUGCUUCUAUUUCUGUAACCGCACCUUCUGAGCCAAGAAUUACAGACUCUAGGUUUGUUAAGCCCGGAUCCUUCUGUACAAUGACUGUUUUAAAGACUGCUGCUUCUAACAUGGACAGCUUAAGAACAGCUGAGUUGCUAAAACCGGCCUGCCAUAGGUCUCUGUUUGCUGAAACUGUGUUUGGCUCCACGAACUUGGUUUUCCCAAUGCCUGUUACGGCUCCUGGGCUCAGCUCUCCAACUCCGGUUCCUGUACCCAGGGCAGCGUGGGCCCAGCUUCCCCUUGCACCCAUAUCAGUUCCUCGGGUGAGGGUGGCUGAGGUCCAGCUGGUCCCUGCUUCUGUCUCCAGCCUGGUAGAGGCUCCAUUCAUCCCGGCACCCGUACCUGCUCCUCGGGUGGGGUUGAUGGACACCCAGCCGUUGCCUGCACCUGUUCCGGCUCCCCGGGUGAGGUCAGCUGUGACCCUGCCGACUCCUGCACCCGUCUCAGUUCCUUGGGUGGGAGCAGCAGAGGUCCAGCUAGCUCCUGCACCUACGCCGGCUCCCAGGGUUAAGGCUGCAAGAGCCCAGUUCGUCCCUGCACCCGUAUCUGUUCCUCGGGUGGGGAUGGCUGGUGUUCGGCCAGGCCCUGCACCCGUUCCUGUUCCCCAGAGGAGAGCAGCCAAGAGUCAGACACCUGCUCAGUCACCAGUUCAACUACCUGCUGAUCCACCGACGUUACAGCCAUUGUCACAACCACCACUACAACUUGCACUUUUGUCCAUAGCGCAGUCAUUAGCUCAGUUAUUAGCACAGUUUCCUGUUUUGUCACCUGCUCAGUCAUCCGCUCUGUUACCACCUCAGUUUCUCGCACCAUUGCCUGUUCAGUUAUCAGCUCAGUCAUUAUCCGCUCUGUCAUUAACUCUGUCACCAGCUCAGUUAGUAGCUCUGCAACCCGUUCAGUUACUGCCAUCCUCUGCUAGAAGCUCUUGUGAGCCCACUCAGCCAGCUGAGGACUGCGUGGUGCUGACACAUCUUGGACAGACUGUUUGCCCCGCACAGCCCCAGCCGUUGCAUCCCAAGCCGACUGUGUGCCCUGUGCAGCUACAGUUAGCGUCCACUGAGCCAGAGGUCUCCGCACCUGCUGGCUCUGCAUCUCUUCUCGCUGGCGGUUCAGGAGAACCGCUCCAGCCAUCCCUGGUCUCCGCUGGGGGUUCAAGAGAACCCCUCCAGCCGCUCCUCGUCUCCGCUGGGGGUUCAGGAGAACCCCUCCAGCCGCUCCUCGUCUCCGCUGGGGGUUCAGGAGAACCUCUCCAGCCGGUCCUCGUCUCCACUGGAGGGUCCAAUUCACCGUCGCCUGGUCCAGCCUCUGCUUCAGCUUCACCCUCGCCUGGUCCUGUGCCCACCAAGCCUCGACCAGUACGCCCGACGCUUGAGAGCCGCCGCCGUCUUCCACGCGGCCGGCCUCCGGACCCGCUCUGCCGCCGCCUUCCACGCGGCCGGCCUCCGGACCCGCUCUGCCGCCGCCGCCACUUUUCACGUGGCCGGCCCCCGGAACAGCCGAGCUGAACUUUUGUGCGGUCGCCUCCCGGGUCGACCUUCUGUUCCUUCUGGACAUUGCUUCCCUGCUCUGAACUGUUCUUGUGUAUUUGUGACCUCAGUUUUUGGUGUCGUGCUCCUUGAAUUUCGUUUGGUUUCGGUCCCGCCGUCCUGGUCCCCCGCCUCCCGCCCUGGGUGGGUUGUUUUCUGUUUUUCUGGUGUUUUUCUGGUGUUUUGGGGAAUUAGCCCUUGAGGGGGGGGUGAUGUCAUGAUCCUGGGCCAUGUUGGCCCAGCAUUCUUGGUUCUCUUGUAUUUUUGGUAUGUUGUUCUGUAUUUAGGCCAUGGUUCCUGCCCUGUUACGUUGUUCCUUAUGUGUUUCCCCCCCUGUGACUCUUACCCCCUGUGUGCCCCUCUGUGUAUCUGUGAGCCCUCAUCUCUCCUUGUGUUUUAUUCCAUGUUUUCCCCAGACCAUUAUGUCUGUGCUCUCCCCGUGCUCUCUC